AAAAUUAACAUAAUUUCUCUUAAGAAAUCAAUCGGAAUUGAAGGAAUAUUUCCCAGCUUCGGCACUCUAGCAAAGGUGGAUUAAACCCAUUCUAUGAAGGAUAUAGAGACAAUGUACGCCUUCUAACGCUUGUGAUCGCACUUUCCUCGGCGGUUGACUUGAUCGAGGCACUUGAUACCGUGUGCUCGGACCGAUUCAAUGAUCUCUCGUUUGCGGACCCGGCCAGUUGCUCCAGCUUCUAUAUGUGCCAGCGGGGCAAGGCCAUCCGGCGGGAGUGCUCCAGUGGGCUGUACUUCGACCCGAAGAUUCAGUCCUGCAACCUACCCGGUUUGAUUAGAUGCUUUAACGGCGAUCGCGGUGGCGGAGAGUUGAGGCCGGUGCCGGCGGCGGCAACGACAGUUGGACCCUUAACCACCACCUGCAUCACAACAACAAGCAAACCGCCAACGACAACGAAAAAACCAAAGGCCGUAACCCCGGCGCCAAGUGAUGUGUACGAGGAAAUGCCCAUUGGGUUGGAUGUACUGAGAUCUUCGCAGGAUUGCCGUGGUGUAGAGGAUGGUGAAUAUCUGACGGAUCCGCGACAUUGCCGCCGCUACUAUAUCUGCCAGAAAAAUCGGGCCAAGCGCCACAAUUGCCCGAGGAAUGAGUGGUUCGAUCGGGAAACCAAAACCUGCCAAAAUCGAGACGAUGUCUUUAAUUGCCCAUCUCGCCGGAAUUAGACACAAUUCUCGAACGAUGGGAUUCCAAAAAAUAAAAUAAUAUAGUCAGUGUGUUUAAAUACAUUUUAUGUUUUAUAAUCACAAUCUGAUAAACGUAUUGCAUUCAAAUAGAAA